UGAAUGAGUUUCUUUUACUCAGCCUGACCAGUGUUCAGGAGCUGCAGCCUUUCUUCUUUUUUAUUUUCUUAAUCAUUUACCUGAUAAACUUGGUUGGAAAUGGAGCUAUAUUAGUGAUUGUUAUUUUGGAACCAAAACUCCACUCCCCUAUGUAUUUUUUUCUAGGAAACCUUUCUUGUUUGGAUAUGUGUUAUUCUUCAGUGACACUGCCCAAGGUGCUUAAAAACCUCAUCUCCACUCGGAGGGCCAUAUCUUUUCUAGGCUGCAUCACUCAGGUACACUUCUUCCACUUUCUGGGAAGCACAGAGGCCAUCUUACUGGCCAUCAUGGCCUUUGACCGUUUUGCGGCCAUCUGCAAACCACUUCGCUACACUGUUGUCAUGAGCCCCCAGGUGUGCAUUCUGCUGGCAGCAGUGGCCUGGCUCAGUAGCUUCUUUUAUGCUCUGAUGCAUUCCAUCAUGACUGCACGCCUGACCUUUUGCAGCUCUCAGAAACUCAAUCACUUCUUCUGUGAUGUCAAGCCCCUCUUGGAACUGGCCUGUAGUGACACACUACUCAAUCAGUGGCUGCUUUCCAUUGUCACNCAUUUUGUGGUGGUAUGUCUUUUCUAUGGACCUGUAGGCUUCACAUACAUUCGUCCUGCCUCUGCCACCUCCGUGGUCCAGGACCAGACAGUGGCCAUCAUAUACAGUGCCAUCACCCCAGUGCUGAAUCCACUGAUAUACACCCUUAGGAACAAAGAAGUGAUGCUGGCUCUGAAGAAAGUCUUUGGAAAGACGUUGCUUAAAGACUGCCAUCAGUACCACUAG